AUGUCCCAGCCCAAGGAAUGUCUAGGCUCGAGUGAGACAAUAUUCACAAUAGAUGGUUUUAGAUAUAUGAUACCCUCUUCAGAUAAUGAAAUUGAAUUGGCUGAUUCGCAAAACAUUAGCCUUGUCACCGUAUUCGCUAUUUCGGGGUCAGCAAAAGCAAUUAUAACAGAGGAAUGGGUUCGCGAGAUUGUGGAGAGUUGCAAGAGCACCGACGAUGUGUUUCAUGAAGCCUUCCUCGCCGGAGUUAUGUUUUAUGGAAUCCGCGAGGAUGAGGCAAAAAUCACGGAUCAGGCUCGCAUGUACCUUUCGAAUUUCGGCAACAAGUGGAUCAAAUAUGUGUCCUCAGCUGACACUGAUAGAGAAGUACUACCUGGCCCCUACGUGCUUCUGAAAAACCAGCUUCGAGACGUUUGGAGACUUGUUGAUGAUGUCAACCGCACAUGUAUGGUUACGUUGCGGCCCCAGCCGGGGGUUUCUAAACCACUCCAAUUAUACAGCAGUGAUAGCCAAUCGCUCAGCAUUGCUUUACCUUCGCGGCUGAGAUCACAACAAAACAGCGCCAAUUCAACCAUCGCGGGAUGGCGGGUAGUUGUUAAAGACAAUAUUCAUAUGCAAGGGAUCAAAACAUCACUAGGUAAUAGAGGGUUUUAUGAUACUUAUCCACCACAGCCACAGACAGCGGAUUGUAUUCAACGGCUGAUGGAUCUUGGUGUUGUUAUCCUUGGCAAGGCAAAAAUGACUUCAUUCGCAAAUUGGGAAGAGCCAGUCGAGUAUAUCGACUACCAGGCGCCAUGGAAUGACCGUGCAGAUCACUAUCAGUCACCGGGUGGCAGUAGUUCAGGAAGUGCCUCCGCGAUCUCUGCCUACAACUGGCUUGAUAUUGCAAUAGGAACUGACAGUCUUGGGAUAUCCCUGGAUUUCUUGGUCGUGACCUGGCAAAAUCCCAUCUCAGCCAUCAUCUGGCCAAAAGACUUCUGGAGCAUCAUUGAUUCCGAUCAAUGUGAUCUAGCGCUAAAAUUUGUGAAAGAUAUGGAAUCGCAUCUUGGGCUGCAGUACUGUGAAGUCAGUUUUGACGAUAUCUGGAAAACCGAACCCCCUCAUGAAGCCAGUGGUCUUUCCCUGACAGAAUUUAUGGGACAGGCAACUGCGGCACUGGCAUACGAUGGCUACCACAAUUGUGAUGACUUCCUCGACAGAUACCGCAGGGAAUUCCAUCAUGCACCACACAUAAGUCUUCCAACCCAUAAGUUAUGGGAGGAGGGUCAAAAGGUCUCCAAAAUGAAACGAGACGAUGGCUUCAAUAAGAUCGAAAUUUAUGUUCGUUGGAUGAGGAACAAAGUUCUAACAGGAGACCGCGCCAAUGCAUUCGUGGUGCUUCCGUUGGAGAAUAUGUCUCCCAGGUAUCGCGAUGAGAUACCGAAUUUCAAACGACCUCCCCAAGGCGGCAUCAACGCUCUAGCCCUGGCCCCCGUUUUGAAAGCUCCUGUGCUCGCAAUACCAAUCAACGAAAUCCCUUACGAAUCGAGGAUCACUGAAAUUACCGAAACUUUGCCUUUCGCAGUUGCAAUCAUGUCCCCUCCAGGCACCGACUUGAUGCUCAUGGAAACUAUUCAUAACAUUCUAAAAAGCGCUGGCCGGCCAACUGUGGUCAAAACAGGGAAGACAAUGUUCUAA